AUGGUCUUAAAAUGUAGGAUAUACAAGAUAUCUACAAAAUUUCACUGUUAUUGGUCAAACAACUUCCCUCGUUAUGAUAGUUUUCUAAGCUGUGUGAAAAAAUGUAAUAACUUAUUCUUCAUAUCUUUAAGCACAUCUACAAAAUACUCUUCAAGCAACCAAAAGCAUUGGGACAAACUUGGUGUGAGCCCUGAUCAAAAACCAGGAUGUUCAAGUGCUUAUCAAGAAGUUGGAACAGGAAUGAGAACUGUAAUACAUGUGCCUAAUCAUCGGAUUGCAGCUAAAACCAGUGGAGGUUCUGCAGAGGCGUAUAUGCAACCAAAGCCAAUCAAUAUACGAUAUAAUCCACGUAUGUAUGGUGGUGGCUUGCUUCCAAGAUUGACUGAAACUGAUCAACAAGUUGUUCUACCUGAACAUAAACCGCGAGAUUUUUGGUCCCCACAUCGAGCGUAUUUUGGUCAAAAUGACUAUAUUGAUAUUCUAGGUGAUGGAAAAAUAAACCCACGUGAUUUUUAUACUGGACCUCCAUGGGCAUUAGGUGUACGAAAUGAAUAUCAACGUGUAUGCUCACGACUUAACAAUCCAGCUAUUGUUGCAUGGAUGGAAGAGUUCGAACCUUCUAAAUUAACAGCAGAGUAUAAAUUACAGAGAUACUUGUUCAAGAAAGUGAACAAACGUAAAAAUAUCAAAUUUCAACGUUAUCGUGAUUCACCUUAAAUUGUUUUCAUCAACAAUUCAAUAAUGUUUUUUUAUUUCUCUUUUGUAUAUGUGUAUGUAUGCAUUUGAGUGAAUCAAUAAAAAAUCACUUUAUACUUGUUUAAAUAGAAUAUCAAUACAAUUUAGUUAUGGAUUCCUUAUACAAUAAAGCCCAUAGUAAUGGUUAUUCAAGUAAUAAACCUCGAAAAGCUCAUUUCUAUAGACUACCUCACAAUAGAUGUGAUUCUCUUUAAUAUGUUUUCACUUACCAGUGGUGAUUGUUAAAAUGUCUGUUAAAG